AUGAAUCAGCAUACUUGCAAUUCGCUCUGUAAAUUGAUUCUCAGGCACCCUUUUCAGAAAUCUUCAAAACCCACUUCAUUGAUUAGACUGACUUCCCUCGCACAAAUCCCCAAUCAACUCGUUUCAGGGUCCGUUCCAUCUCCAAAGCCCCAGAUUCUCUACACAUCUGCCUCCAAGUUCCAUUAUUUUCGACCCCCAAAUGGCUCAAGUUUUUCGACCCAGUUUAUUUCGCGGGUGAUUCUGAGGAAUUACAGUGGCGAGUCUGCGAGCGAGUUGGAUAAGGACAAGGUGGUGGACGAGAUCAACCUCAAGUUUGCAGAGGCGAGGGAGGAGAUAGAGAUGGCUUUGGAGUCAAAGGAGACUGUGUAUUUUGACGAAGAAGCCAGCUGUGCGAGAGCUGCUGUGAAGGAGGUGGUGGACAUGUUUGAUGGUCUUUUGGAGAAGUUGUCGGAGAGUGAUAGAGGGGCGGUGCAGCGGUCGAUGGGGCUGAAGAUUGAGCAGUUGAAGGCUGAGGUUGAGCAAUUGAAUGAUUAA